UGUUGGCCACACUGUCAAUCCUAUGUAUGUGUCUUGUCUUGCUUGGAUUUUUGUAGAACUAGGAAAAUUCGUAUUUCAAUAGUUUUGCAGUAAUACAAAGUGUUUAUUGUUUGUUAGGAUAUUCAAUAUACAACCAUGGACAAGAGGAAACUAUCAACAGCAGGAGACAGUCUCUACCAAAUACUUCAAGUCCCCAAAACUGCAACACAAGACGAAGUCAAGAAAAGCUAUCGGAAAUUGGCGUUAAAAUACCAUCCCGAUAAAAAUCCUAACAAUCCAGAAGCCUCAGAGAAAUUCAAAGAGGUGAACCGAGCCCACACAAUACUCAGCGACGCCACAAAAAGGAACAUUUACGACAAUUAUGGCUCCCUAGGGCUCUACAUAGCCGAACAAUUCGGGGAAGAGAACGUUAACGCCUAUUUCGUGGUGACGAGCACUUGGUGCAAGGCGCUGUUCGUUGUAUGCGGCAUUCUGACCGGGUGCUACUUCUGCUGCUGUCUGUGUUGUUGCUGCAACUGCUGCUGCGGCAAAUGCAAGCCUCGUCCACCUGAAGAGUCUGGCGACUAUCACACACUCGAGCGCGACGAUUCCGAAGGCGUACAGGCGGUGACGGUGCAGCCGAGUGGUGAAGGCCGGAAGACGGGCGAGCAGGCGCCGCCCAUCGCUAUGCCGCCGCCGCCCGGCGCCUCCGAAAAUACAGGCCUCAACACAGGAAGCAGUAUUCCAAAAUACACAUGAAGUAUUCACAACUAGUCUAAUGUAACUGUAAGAGAAAUGAGGAACUGACUUCUUAACAAUUUACGACACCCACGCACUUUUUUAAAAAUGUAAGCCUAAAGUAAGAUAUUUUAGAAUUGUUUCUUCACGUAAAAUAUUUUUAUACAUUUAAAUAUUUAUGUUUUUCUCAUAAUAUAUAUUUGUAACUUA